AUGCCCUUACCUGAAAGGCAAAAUGAACAUGUUGAAGAUGAAGAUGGAACGAGUCAUAUUAAAUUAUUACAACAAAAAUUAUUUGAACAUUAUCAUACUGUUGCCUAUACUAUUGUUAUUUUUACUUGUUUCCUAGCAUUUUGUGAAUAUCUCUACUUAAGACUUGUCAGUUUUAUCUUCCCUGAACCCAUAAUCUAUAGAAGAAAAUGUGAAAAACACUAUAAUGAGGUUGUCCUUAGGAAUGAACUACAUUUUGCUUCUGGUCUAGCCGUAUUUCUUGUUAUGGGAAUUUUUCAAAUUUUGUGUUUCUUCCUGCUAACAAUCUCAAAAAAACUUUUGGAUGUAAGGCGAAUAACAUUUUCCCAAGUUAUAAGCAUUGAAGAGCGUUUACAUAUGGAACUUGUUUUUGCUGUGAAACGAACAAUGUUUGCAACUUUGUUUCCGACAUUUGCCAUUUACCUACUCUGCUCAUCAGUUAUUUAUUGUGAUAUAUUUUACAUGGUUGGAAUCAGGGAUCCAAUAGUUCACGGCGGUUCUCUAAUAAUUAUCUACAUUUUCGAUGCCUGUGUUAUUCUUUACUUUCUGGCAUUCCCUAUUUUAUGUAUUUUAUUCCAUCCAGAAAUUAAUUGUUGCCAAACAAGAAUCCAGUCGUUGCAGACUAACGAUGAGGAGAUUGUUGUGGUGGCGACGCACUCGGCAGCGACAACGUCCAGCAACCCCGAGGAGACCAAAAGCGAAAGGAGGGCAACCAUUAAUGAUGCCCCUAAUGACAAUAACAACGGCAUCGACACCAAGCAUGGUCAGUUCCAACAAAAUAUUCCAACGACUCACUCCGAGGACGAGGCUAUCAGCUGUGGAAAUGAUGGCCGAGGAGGAAGCUUUGCUGGGGGAAGGCAUGGAGUCUAUGGAAAACAAUGGAGUAAUAAAGAACAACAACACAGAAUUAGAACAAAAUCACCAUUGAGUGGUUCUAAAAGAAAUUAUGGAAGUCUUGAACGCAGGCAGCAAUGUUCAACAUCCGAGACUGUAGACUACGUUACUUCCCCACCAACUCAUUCUUCCUAUGAUAUUGACUUCAAAGGACAGUCAAAAAACAGUUCAGAACAUUUUGGCGUCAAAAAGACAACAUUAAAAAAUUACGACAAAAUUUACGACAAAAUUUAUGGAAAAAUAUACAAUAAAUUUUACGACAAAUCUGACGAUAAAAAUGAUGAAAAUACACAAAAUGACAACAAAAAAGAAGAAAAUUUGACUAAUAUCCCAGCAGCUCUAAUUGUAGGGCGUCGAGAGAUAUCAACACAAACUGAAGCUGUUAGGCGUAGACUUCAACAGAGAAGACAGAGUCGUUAUAAAAGAUUAACGGGAAGUGAUGAAUCUAAAGAGGCUGGAAGAAGUGGAAGUGUGGUUGAGAAGAAUGAAGGUGUUGGGAAGGAAGAAGGGAGGAAGAUGGAAGGAAAGGAGGAAGAGGUGAAGAGAAGGAAGAAUUUUGAAGUAGAAGAGGGGGAUGAAGAGAUGGAAGAGGAUGAUGAAGAAGAGAAGAGAAAGAGAGAAGAAGAGAAGGAAAAAGAUGGAAGGGAAGAAGAUAGAAGGAAGAAUAUGAAGGGGAGGAUGAAGGAAGUGGAGGGGGAAGAGGAAAUAAAGAAGAAAUUGGAAGAGGGAAGGCUGAGGCAAGAAGAAGAGGGAAAAACGAAGGAAGAGAGAAUGAUGAACAAGCUUGUAGCCUUAAAAAUUGAAAAUGGGGAAGAGGAAGAAGAGGAAGAAAGCGAUGAAGAAGAAAAUGGAAGGAAAGAAGAAAGAGGAGAUGUACAAAGUGAAGAUCUUCCAUAUUCAGAAGAAGAGUUGUCUGUUGAUUUUAGAAGGGGUUUGGGCGAUUCAGAAGAAGAGGAUGUAGAAGAAAAUGAAAAAGAAUUAUCCUCAGAUGACAGAAUAGAAUAUAAAAAUAACAAAGAUAAUCUUGAGAGAAGAGAAAGGAAUGAUCAGAUGAUUGUGAGGUGUUAG